GCCUUGCACGGGUGCCCCGGCUCCUCCCCCCCCCCCCCAGCCUUGCACGGGUGCCCCGGCUCCUCCCCCCCCCCCCAGCCUUGCACGGGUGCCCCGGCUCCCCCCCCCCCCCCAGCCUUGCACGGGUGCCCCGGCUCCUCACCCCCCCCCCCAGCCUUGCACGGGUGCCCCGGCUCCUCACCCCCCCCCAGCCUUGCACGGGUGCCCCGGCUCCUCACCCCCCCCCAGCCUUGCACGGGUGCCCCGGCUCCUCCCCCCCCCCAGCCUUGCACGGGUGCCCCGGCUCCUCCCCCCCAGCCUUGCACGGGUGCCCCGGCUCCUCCCCCCCCAGCCUUGCCCCGGCUCCUCCCCCCCCAGCCUUGCACGGGUGCCCCGGCUCCUCCCCCCCCAGCCUUGCACGGUGUCCCGGCUCCUCCCCUCCAGCCUUGCACAGGUGUCCCGGCUCCUCCCCUCCAGCCUUGCACAGGUGUCCCGGCUCCUCCCCUCCAGCCUUGCACAGGUGUCCCGGCUCCUCCCCUCCAGCCUUGCACAGGUGUACCGGCUCCUCCCCUUCAGUCUUGCACAGGUGUACCGGCUCCUCCCCUGCACUUUCCUCCCCAGUCUGACCGGCCCCUCCCC